AUGAGACCUGCGGCUGAGGUCACAGGAGGUCACAGAGGAGGCCACUGGGGACGAGUGGAGGCAGCGGGCGCCCAGGACAGCAGGUUCGAGGUGCAGGGGCAGCGGAAGAAGAGAGACGCCGAGACGCGGAGCCCCGCGCGGCUGCUGCGCCCCCUCCUCCUGCUGCUCCGCGCCCUGGCGCUCGGCGCCCCCGGACCCGCACCAGGGCGCCCGGCCGAGGCCCGCGCGGCGCUGGACGUCGUGCACCCGGUGCGCGUGGACGCGGGCGGCUCCUUCCUGUCCUACGAGCUGUGGCCGCGCGCGCUGCGCAAGCGGGACGUGUCCGCGCCCCGCGCCGCGCGCGCCUUCUACGAGCUGCGGUUCCGCGGGCGCGCGCUGCGCUUCAACCUGAGCGCCACCCCGCACCUGCUGGCGCCCGGCUUCGUGAGCGAGACGCGGCGGCGCGGCGGCCUGGGCCGGGCGCACAUCCGCGCGCGCGCGCCCGCCUGCCACCUGCGCGGCGACGUGCAGGACCCCGAGCUCCAGGGCGGCCUGGCGGCCAUCAGCGCCUGCGACGGCCUGAAAGGUGUGUUCCAGCUCUCCGGCGAGGACUACUUCAUUGAGCCCCUGGACGGUGGCCCGGCCCGGCCCGGCCACGCCCAGCCCCACGUGGUGUACAAGCGCCAGGCCCCCGGGAGGCGGGCAGAGCGGGGUGACGCCAGCACUCCGGGCACCUGCGGGGUGCAAGCGUCCCUGGAGCCGGAGUCUCGCCGGGAGCGUUGGGAGCAGCGGCAGCAGUGGCGGCGGCAGCGGUCGAGGCGGCUACACCAGCGCUCGGUCAGCAAAGAGAAGUGGGUGGAGACCCUGGUGGUAGCUGACGCCAAGAUGGUGGAGUACCACGGGCAGCCACACGUGGAGCGCUACGUGCUGACCAUCAUGAACAUGGUGGCCGGCCUGUUCCACGAUCCCAGCAUUGGGAACCCCAUCCACAUCACCAUCGUGCGCCUGGUCCUGCUGGAGGACGAGGAGGAGGACCUGAAGAUCACGCACCACGCGGACAACACCCUGCGGAGCUUCUGCAAGUGGCAGAAAAGCAUCAACAUGAAGGGGGACGCCCACCCCCUGCACCACGACACGGCCGUGCUGCUCACCAGGAAGGACCUGUGCGUGGCCAUGAACCGGCCCUGCGAGACCCUGGGCCUGUCGCACGUGGCGGGCAUGUGCCAGCCCCACCGCAGCUGCAGCGUCAGCGAGGACACGGGCCUGCCGCUGGCCUUCACCGUGGCCCACGAGCUCGGGCACAGUUUUGGCAUUCAGCAUGACGGCAGCGGCAAUGAGUGUGAGCCCGUUGGGAAACGGCCUUUCGUCAUGUCUCCACAGCUCCUGUACGACGCCGCGCCCCUCACCUGGUCCCGCUGCAGCCGCGAGUACAUCACCAGGUUCCUCGACCGUGGCUGGGGCUUGUGCCUGGACGACGCCCCUGCCAAGGAUGUCAUCGACUUCCCCGCGGUGCCGCCCGGCGUCCUCUACGACGUGAGCCACCAGUGCCGCCUGCAGUAUGGGGCCUACUCCGCCUUCUGCGAUGACAUGGAUGACGUGUGCCACACUCUCUGGUGCUCCGUGGGGACCACCUGUCACUCCAAGCUGGACGCAGCCGUGGACGGCACCAGGUGUGGGGAGAGCAAGUGGUGUCUCAACGGGGAGUGUGUGCCCGUGGGCUUCCGGCCCGAGGCCGUGGAUGGUGGCUGGUCCGGCUGGAGCGCCUGGUCCACCUGCUCGCGGAGCUGCGGCGUGGGCGUGCAGAGCGCCGAGCGGCAGUGCACGCAGCCCGCGCCCAAGUACAAGGGCAAGUACUGCGUGGGCGAGCGGAGGCGCUUUCGCCUCUGCAACCCGCAGGCCUGCCCCGCCGGCCGCCCCUCCUUCCGCCACGUCCAGUGCAGCCGCUUCGACGCCAUGCUCUACAAGGGCCAGCUGCACACGUGGGUGCCCGUGGUCAACGACGCGAAUCCCUGCGAGCUGCACUGCCGGCCCUCCAACGAGUUCUUUGCCGAGAAGCUGCGGGACGCCGUGGUGGACGGCACCCCCUGCUACCAGGGCCGGGCCAGCCGGGACCUCUGCAUCAACGGCAUCUGCAAGAGCGUGGGCUGCGACCUAGAGAUCGACUCGGGCGCGCUGGAGGACCGCUGCGGCGUGUGCCACGGCAACGGCUCCACCUGCCACACCGUGAGCGGGACCUUCGAGGAGGCCGAGGGCCUGGGGUACGUGGACGUGGGGCUGAUCCCGGCCGGCGCGCGGGAGAUCCGCAUCGAGGAGGUGGCCGAGGCUGCCAACUUCCUGGCCCUGCGGAGCGAGGACCCGGAGAAGUACUUCCUCAACGGGGGCUGGACCAUCCAGUGGAACGGGGACUACCCCGUGGCGGGCACCACCUUCACGUACGCGCGCACCGGCAACUGGGAGAACCUCACGUCCCCGGGACCCACCAGCGAGCCUGUCUGGAUCCAGCUGCUGUUCCAGGAGAGCAACCCCGGGGUGCGCUACGAGUACACCAUCCACAGGGAGGCGGACGGCUACGGCCAGGCCAAGCCGCCCGAGUUCUCCUGGCACUACGGGCCCUGGACCAGGUGCACAGUCACCUGUGGCACAGGCGUGCAGAGGCAGAGCGUGUUCUGUGCGGAGCGGCAGGCGGGGCCCGUGGACGAGGGUCACUGCGACGCCCUGGGCCGGCCCGACGACCACCAGCGCACGUGCAGCGAGGAGCCCUGCCCUGCCAGGUGGUGGGCAGGUGAGUGGCAGCCGUGCUCCCGCUCCUGCGGGCCGAAGGGCGUCUCCCGCCGGGCCGUGCUCUGCAUCCGCAGCGUGGGGCUGGACGAGCAGAGCGCCCUGGGGCCGCCCGCCUGCGAGCACCUUCCCCGGCCCCCCGCCGAAACCCCCUGCAACCGCCACGUGCCCUGUCCAGCCACCUGGGCUGUGGGGAACUGGUCUCAGUGCUCGGCGACAUGCGGGGCAGGCGCUCAGCGCCGGAGCGUCCUCUGCACCAACGAUACCGGCGUGCCCUGCGACGAGGCCCAGCGGCCACCAAGCACGGCCACCUGCCCUCUGCCCCCCUGCCCGCGGCCCCCCGGCACGCUGGGCCCUGAGGGCUCGGGCAGCGGCUCCUCCAGCCACGAGCUCUUCAACGAGGUCGACUUCGUCCCCCGCCACCUGGCCCCGCGCCCUGCGCCCCCCGAGCCAGACGGCAUGGGCAACGCCAUCGACGAGGAGGACCUGGACCUGGGCCCGCCGGGGCCCGUGUUUGUCGACGACUUCUACUACGACUACAACUUCAUUAACUUCCACGAGGACCUGUCCUACGACCCCUUCGCGGAGCCCGAUCCCGUCCUGGCAGGAACAGGGCCUUGGGCGCCCCCACCCCGGAGCAGUCCCUUGGAGCCCCCCGCGGAGCCCCCCAGGCCGGCCACACGGCCCCCUGCGGCUGGGGAGGAAGAAGUGGCGGCAUCCAGCUCCCCCGGCCCCUGGCCCAGCCAGGCUGGCCCCGCCCCGCCCCCACCCUCGGAGCAGACCCCCGGGACCCCCUUGGCCAACUUCUUGUCUGAGGAAAGUGUCCCCAUGGGGGCCCCGGGCCCCGGACUCCCCAGCCUGCCCUGGCCGCUGACUUCGGUCCACGGCGCGCACCCGCCUGCUGCCCCCGGGAGCCCAGACGAGCCCCCGGAGCGGGAGGACAGCCAGGGCCGGCCGCCCGCUCUGCAGCAGGACAGGACCAAUGAGAUUUCCCAGGACGAUGAGGAGCCCGUGGGCCGCGGAGCCCACCCCCUGCCCCAGAGGCCCAGCCCCACGCGGCCCCCUUUGCGCAGCGCGGGCCCCGCCCCCUCCUCUCCUGGCCCUGCCGUGCUGGAGCCGUGGACGGGCGGCACCGUGGCCUGGGGGCCGGCUCCAGAGGGUGGCGCGGCCCCUCUGCCCCUUCCCCCCACAGCUGCUCUGCCGGAGAUGGAGGGUGCGGACGGCCCCCUGCAGCCGGGCACCCCCACCGCUCCGCCCUCAGGCCUGGGCUCGGGGGACCCGCAGACUCCGGCGACACCGGGGCCCUUCCUUUGGACUGGCCCAGGGCAGGUGUCCUGGGCGACUACCCUGAGCCCGGGACCCUCGGGCCAGCCCGAGUCCCCCAGGCCCGAGGCCACACCAGCCCGGGAGAGCCCCACCCACAGCAGCGGAGCUGCCGGGGCCCAGCCCCUGGCCCCCAGCCUGGCCGAGGAGGGGGCCCCUGUGGACCUGCCGGCCGCCGGGAAUGCCAGCUGGCAAGUGGGGGACUGGAGCGAGUGCUCCACCACCUGCGGCCUGGGCGCCGUCUGGAGGCCGGUGCGCUGCAGCUCGGGCCGCGAUGAGGACUGCGCUCCCGCCGGCCGGCCCCAGCCCGCCCGCCGCUGCCACCUGCGGCCCUGUGCGGCCUGGCACUCGGGUAACUGGAGCAAGUGCUCCCGCAGCUGCGGCGGAGGCUCCUCGGUGCGGGACGUGCAGUGCGUGGACACCCGGGACCUGCGCCCCCUGCGGCCCUUCCACUGCCGGCCCGGGCCCGCCAAGCCCCCCAGCCGCCGGCCCUGCGGGGCCCAGCUGUGCCUCAGCUGGUACAUCUCUUCCUGGCGGGAGUGCUCCGAGGCCUGCGGCGGCGGCGAGCAGCAGCGUCUGGUGACCUGCCCGGAGCCGGGCCUGUGCGAGGAGGCGCUGAGGCCCAACAGCACGCGGCCCUGCAACACCCAGCCCUGCACGCGGUGGGCGGUGGGGCCCUGGGGCCAGUGCUCGGCCCCCUGCGGCGGCGGCGUCCAGCGGCGCCUGGUCAAGUGCAUCAACACCCAGACGGGGCUGCCCGAGGAGGACAGCGGCCAGUGUGGCCACGAGGCCUGGCCCGAGAGCUCCCGGCCGUGUGGCUCCGAGGACUGUGAGCUCGUGGAGCCCCCACGCUGCGAGCGUGACCGCCUGUCCUUCCGGUUCUGCGAGACGCUGCGCCUCCUGGGCCGCUGCCAGCUGCCCACCGUCCGCGCCCAGUGCUGCCGCUCGUGCCCCCCGCCUGGCCACGGCGCCCCCUCCCGAGGCCGCCAGCGGAUCGCCCGUCGCUGACCGAGCCCCCGACCCGUGCUGGGUGCAGACUGACUGACCGACCACACAGACCUCAGCGCCUGCCACGGGCUAGGUGGAGCCCUGCGCCCUCAUGGUGCUAACCCCUCCCGUCCCCUAAGAAAGCGUAUUUUUUUAUUCUGACA